AUGCUCAACAAUCGCAGUGAUUGGAUCGAUUGGUACAACUCUAUCGAGGAUCUCGCUAAACGAAACGACGUUUGGAAGUACUGCGAUCCAUUGGGUAUUGAGAAUUUGGUCUUUACCUCCACAAAACCAUCAGACUCAGCAAGCAAGGAUACUAUCCAGAAGUUCCAGAGCUUGCAGAGUAUCUUCGAUUCCGAAAAGAAGAAAUAUGACAAACUUAUCGCUCUAUCAGACAGCAUACAACCCAACGCAAAGGACCAACGCCAAGAAAUCAGAAACGAGUUUGAAAAACUCCGCAAAGGUCCUGGCAACACAAGCAUCGAUAAAUGGCUAGGACGCUGGCCCACACUCGUCAACAGCGCAAAACGGUAUAAUAUCGAGAACCUUGGUGAACCACAGAUAUGCGAAGCAUUCAUUGAAGCAUGUCGAGAUAUUAAUCCACCAUUCUAUAAUUACAUGAAGUCAAAAGACGCGCAAACUGAAAGUCAAGCCUCGAUCAUACACCAGACUACAGCAGCCAUGAAGGGCAUUGCCGACGCGCUUAUUGAAGCGUUGAACACAAUAAGCCCAGAG